CCUAUGUAAUCUACCACCAAGUCUUUUCCUCCUCUCCUUCUGUCUCUCUCUCUCUCUCUCUCUCUCUCUCUCGCUCAGGGCUUUCUCUCUCUUCCAAUUCGCCGGCGAGUCGUGACUCAGCGAGUCAGAGACGAUGACGGAAGACAAAGAUCGACAGCCGGAAACCGCCGGCGACAGUGCAAAGCGGAAGCUGGAAGACCCCGCCGCCAUUAGUAUUCUGCUCGCGAAACAGAAAGCUCAGGAAAUCGCCGCUCGACUCGUCACCAAUGCCGAGUCGAAGCGCCCCCGAGUCGACGACGAGUCCUUCCAACCCAACCCCGUCUACACCCCUCCCGCUUACCCUGUGUUCACUGCACAAACAGGCCACUCUUAUGGUUCAGGCACCAGCAAGAAAAUAGAUAUUCCAAAUGGGAAGGUUGGUGUAAUUAUUGGAAAACAAGGAGAAACAAUAAGACAACUGCAAUUACAGUCAGGGGCCAAAAUCCAGAUAACCAGGGAUUCAGAAGCUGAUCUUAAUUCUCUAACUAGGGAUGUGGAGUUGACGGGUACAUCUGAACAGAUUAGUAGGGCAGAACAACUUAUCAAUGAUGUAAUAGCUGAGGCAGAUGCAGGGGGCUCUGCUCCAUCUACAAAUCAGGGAUUUAACUCGAUGCAACCUGGAGGAGGGGAACAGUUUGUCAUGAAAGUUCCAAACAAUAAGGUUGCUUUGAUAAUUGGCAAGGGGGGUGAGACUAUCAGGAAUAUGCAAACCAAGUCAGGAGCUCGAAUUCAGAUUGUACCAUUGCACCUUCCUCCUGGUGAUAUGUCAACUGAGAGAUCAGUAUACAUAAAUGGAGGGCAAGAGCAAAUUGAGGCAGCCAAAGAAUUGGUGAACGAAGUAAUCAGUGGGAAGCGUUUAUUAAAUGCCUCUGGAGCCAAUAGCUAUAUGCAGCAGCCAUCCUAUCCCCCUUCUGGUAAUUGGGCCCCACCAGGACAACCUCCAAUUCAGCAACAGCAGCCUCAUUAUGGGUAUACACAACCUGGAGGUUAUGGUACACCUCCGGCACCUCCCUCGUACUAUGGUAAUUAUCCGGCUCAGGUAGCAGGUUGGGAUCAGUCAAACCAGGUACCUUCUCAACCACCUCAGGAUAGCAGUGGGUACAAUUAUUAUGGACAACAACCACCGAUGGGGUCAGCUCCCCCAAAUCCUGGCUACUACAAUCAGACAUCUCAGGGUUAUGCUCAGCAGCCACCAAAUUAUGAUCAGGGUUAUGCUCAGCAGCCACCAAGUUAUGAUCAGAGUUACGCUCAGCAACCUCCAAGUUACGAUCAGAGUUAUGCUCAGCAGCCACCAAAUUAUGGACAAAACAUCUCUAGUCAGGCUCCAGCAUCUGAUCAGCAACAAUAUGCAACUUCUGGAUAUGGGCCACCUGCAGUGUCAUCAAGCCUAGAUGGAAGCUCUUCCGCACAAACGACUCAGCCAUCUUCUGCCUAUGCACCUCCUUACGGCCAGCCAACAGAUAACCCUCAGUCUGGGUAUUGGUCUCAUCCGAGCAGCACAGGCCAACCACACGCUCAAGCAGGCUAUUACCAACCAAGUUACGGAGGGCAGCAGCCAGCUGAAGAUGCUUCUGCAGCAUCAUACGGACAAGGUGGGUAUGCUCAGCCAGACCCUUCUGCCAAUGGAGAGUCACAGCAUCAGCCAGAGCAGCAGUCACAGCCACCUACCAAUGGAUAUGCAGACCAGUCGUCAGCUUCUGAAGCUGAAAGGACUGGUGAGAGGAAUGUAGAAGGAGAUGGAUCAGCCCCUCCAACGGAAUCUGUUGGUUCUCAAAACUGAAGUUGUAGCUGAUCAAGGAUGUCAUCUUCUACUAUUGCCCUGUUUUUAUCUUUAUCAUUUCUUUCUUGGACUGAAUUUUCUCAUUUGCUCUCACAUAUCAUCUGUGUGGUUGCAUAGCAUCAUAUUUCUAGCCUUGAAAUAUAAGAAUAUCUUGUUAGACACCCUUUUUGAUCUAUGUUCAUAUCUGAUGAUUAAGCCAUCAA